AUGAAGAUGUUUGCGGUGCUUUGUCUGUUAGGCUUUCUCUUUGGUGAAACAGUAUCAAAAACAGGAAAUGUAGACAGUGGCGUCGCCUUUUCCGUGGCUAAAAGCGAAACCUUCCGUUCACGGGAAGGGGGACCCAUGAUGUACGACAGAGUAAUUCUAAACAUUGGCGGCGGAUUUGACGCAUCCACUGGCAAGUUUGUUGCCCCUGUAAGCGGCUUGUAUCACUUCGACUUUCACUUCUUGACAAUGAGCGGCAACCACGGGUGGCAGGUUCUUAACCACAAUGACGAGUACGUAAUCUCGGCCUAUACCGGUUAUGGUUGGACCACUGGCAGCAAUAGUGUUAACUUACGGCUAGAGCGAGACGACAGAGUUUCUAUCUCUUAUAAAGUGAUUCAGAAUCACCAAGCAGGAUUCUAUGGGAGUGUAAGCGAUAUGUACGCCUCCUUCAGCGGCUUUUUGAUUAACUAA